UCUCCUCGGAUUCAAUUAAGCGAUUCCUCGGUAUAAAAAUCAAUGCUUUGGAUACAUGGAAAAUAUCAAGCAGUGUAGUGAGGAAAAGUGAAGAUGGGCGCAAUAAAACUUCUGGUCUCGGUUUUGGUGAUAUUAUUAAUCAGCGAGUAUCAGGUUUUGGGCUGUAACAGUGUUGAUGAAGAAAAGUUGUUGAAAAGCAUCCUUCCUAAAGACGAUCCAGAAAAGCAAGUAGGUCUUGGUGAUCCACUAGGAAUGAAACGGUUAAUCUUACAUCUAAUGCUAUUUUCCAAGUUAGGUCUUCCAGAUUGUAUAAAUAAACACAAAAGUGCUUGCGAAAGUAAAAAUCAUGAAUUUAAACUAGAAAGAGAAACGUUCAAAUCCAGUUCGAAGGAAAAAUAUGUUUUGAAGGGUAAACCUAAAGUGAUAAAAGACAUAACAGACUUUGGCCAUUUAGUACACAAUAAAAAAGACCAAUCGAAAGCCCAAAUAGCUCUCAGAUUCAUAAAAGCGUUCUUAAAUCUACCAAAGUUAGUGUCAGAUCAACUGAAGACAGACUACAAAAGCAAAAAUCAUGAAUGCAAACUAAAAACAGAAAUGUUCCAAACCAGUUCUAGGGAUGAGGAAGAUAUUAUGGGCAAACUUAAAGUGAUAAAACACUCACCAGACUUUCGUCCUUUAAUACACAAUGCGAAAGUCCAAUCAAAAGAGAUAACAGGUUUUAGUAAAGAAUUAAUAUUGAAAUUGGCAAUAUUUCAUCUAUUACAUAAAUUUGGGCCAGAUCAAAAACAUACACUAAUAAAAGACUAUAAAAGCAUAAAUCCUGAAUUUAGGCUAAAAAGCGAAAUGUUCAAAUCCAGUUCUAAGGAGGAAAAGGAUGAUUUGAAAGGUAAACCUAAAGUGAUACAAGACAUAACAGACUUUGGCCAUUUAGUACACAAUAGAAAAGACCAAUCGAAAGCCCAAAUAGGUCUAAGAUUGAUAAAAGCGUUCUUAAAUCUACCAAAGUUAGUGUCAGAUCAACUGAAGACAGACUACAAAAGCAAAAAUCAUGAAUGCAAACUAAAAUCAGAAAUGUGCCAAUCCAGUUCUAAGAAAGAAAAAGAUGAUUUUAAGGGUAAAGUUAAAGUGACAAAAGACUUAACAGACCUUUUAGUAAACAAUGGAAAAUACCAAAAUGGUAGCAACAAAUGGAAACAGGCAGUAAUGCUAAUGUCAGAUCACAAUACAAUAAAAAGAGACCAAGAAAACAAAAAUCUUGGAUUAAAACUAAAAGAAAUGUUUCUAUCUCAUCCUGCAGAGGCAAAAGACGAUAUGAUUGAUACACUUAAAUCGAUGAAAGAAUCAUCAGAUUUUAAUCCUAAAAACAUCGAAAAUAAUGAUUUUGAACUUAAUCAUCAGUCUGUUCUUAAUAAUGAUGCAAAUGGACAAUUUCCUGAAAGGAUACCUGUGAUGAUCAUAUCACCAGAUUUUGUUGAAAUAGGCUGGAAAGAAGUAUUCGGGCGAAAAAGCCAAAAUGAACCUCACAAAACGUGCAAUAAUAAAAAAACAAAAGAUGUCAGAGCCGGCGGUGAAGUGAAAAAAACAAAAGAUAUCAGAGCCAGCGAGGAAGUGAAAAAAUUUAGUACAACAUUCAACACCAAUAGCAUUCAAAGCGGUGACCAUAAUGAAAAGAAUUGCGAAUGCGAAGGAGACGGCUAUAAGAGAAUUGAAUGUAACAUAUGUCAAUGUUACAAUGGCAGAUGGCGGUGUAUCUCACUUGAUUGUGAUUCCAAGAAAUUGAGUGACUCUCACAACACAAACAUGCUACAGGGAAUGUCGAAAAAACUGUAUAAUUCAAUGCGCGAGAAAGCAACUGGCUGCAUACCCGGCGAAAAAAUCGAAGUGGACGAGAUCAAAGAUUGCCCGUGCAUAUGCGUGCUGCCCAGUAUAAUGGAAUGCGAAGCGUGCCCCGCUGUCAAGCGUAUACAAGUGCCCAAAUAUAUGGCCGCCACCAAUAAACCUUAACUGACUGCGUCACGAAAAUGAUUUUUUAGUAUUUAAGAUUUUUAUUAUUGUAUACAUAUGUUAGUUUGUAAGGUAUGUAUAUGGGCCUUAGUUGCCUGAAAAUAAAUGCUUUGAUUGA